AGCAUCGACAGCAGACAAACACGUUUUGCGGCCAUUUUCGGCGUUUGUGGACCGCCGCGUCUUUUGCUACGUUUUCCCAACGUUCGCUACCAAGAAGUCUUCGCACUCCGCCUCAACUUCAGCGCUCGGCGCAAACCUCAACUCCUCUAAACAGACGCCAUGGCAUCGCUGCCGCUCAACCCCAAGCCGUUUCUCAACAGCCUCACCGGUAAGCCGGUCAUGGUAAAGCUCAAGUGGGGGAUGGAGUACAAAGGCUACCUCGUCAGCGUCGACGGCUACAUGAACCUGCAGCUCGCCAACACGGAGGAGUACAUCGACGGGAACUGCACCGGGAACCUCGGCGAAGUCCUCGUGAGGUGCAACAACGUCCUCUACGUCAGGGGCGUCGAAGAGGAGGAGGAAGACGGCGAAAUGAAGGAUUGAACGGCGCGCGGCCGCACGCGCGCGUUCGGGUGUUACCAACCGAAGGCGCUGCUGUGUUGACCCUGGAGAUCACUUCUACCUUGUAAAAUUGUUUGUUUGUUUGUUCCGUUUUUAAUGUUGUACAGUGACACACAUCAUGCAUCACAACUUGUACUCUUGAAAUGAAAAUCAAUGUUUCUUAACGCGAUUUUUAGGCG